AUAAAUUGCAUAACGCAUGACGGUGUCAUGUUUUCCUAACCUAAAUGUUUUUCAUCGGUUUUUUGAAAAUUAACUGAAUCAAUUCGAAAUUUCCCAACUUCUAAUUGCUGUUUGUACAUGUAUGCUUGAAGUAUUGAGGUAGAAAUGGGUCCAAUAAAGAGGUUCAUCGUGAAUAUGGCCAACAAUUUGAUUUGUGCUGAAAGCAAAAAAAGCCGCCCUUUCACAGUCAUAGUGGAGGGUAAUAUUGGAUGCGGAAAAACGACCUUUUUGAACUAUUUCAACAAAUACAAUAACAUUUGUGUAUUAUCAGAACCAAUUGACUUAUGGAGGGACUGCAAAGGCCACAAUUUACUGGGUCAUAUGUAUUCAGAUCCAACAAAAUGGAGCUUUACUUUUCAAUCUUACGUUCAAUUGACCAUGUUGGAUCACCAUGUUCGUCCUACCAAAUGUCCAGUAAAAUUAAUGGAAAGAUCUAUAUAUAGCGCUAGGUAUUGUUUUGUGGAGAAAAUGAAAAGAGAUGAGCUUCUCUCCAAACCCUCAGCUGCUGUGAUUGACGAGUGGUUCCAAUGGCUCACGAAAAACACUCCAAUCAAUGUUGAUCUUAUCGUAUAUUUAAGAUCAUCUCCCGAAGUGGUAUACGAAAGAAUGAUGACCAGAAAUAGGACAGAGGAAAAAUCUGUACCAUUAGAAUACCUAGAAAGCUUACAUCAGCUACAUGAGGAAUGGCUCUAUUACAAAACGUUAUUUCACUGUCCGGCAAGUGUUUUGACUUUAGAUGCGAAUUUGGAUCUUGACUCAAUUGAGGAGGAAUAUGAAAAAUUCGAACCACAUAUAUUGCAACAAGUAGCGCUCAAUUCUAAUUAGACCAUUUUUUAUUUUA